CACACCUCCAAUACAUACGUGAAGAACCCCCCUCGCCUCUUCUUCUCGUACCAUUUCACCUAAUAUUCUACCACCGAUAACCAAACCCCCCCUCUCCACUCUCUCUCCCCAACGAAUUCAAACGAACACGAACACAACAGUCAAGUUGCACGAUAACCGCACAAACGAACAGAAUGUCGUCCCAAACAUGGCCGGAACUCAAGGCUGACCACCCCAUCAUCAAGCUCCACCAGAAGCUUCCAGAGAUUCUCACUGCUUCUGAGGGCUACAACUCGAUCUGGGGACUCACCCUUAUCGCUCCUCCUGCCGCUGAGCCCAGCGCCAUCCCGCCACCCCUCCUGCCACCACCUCCACUCCUCCCCCGCCCGGAUGCCGCUGCCCCUACAACCAGAAGCCGGCGUCGCUGCCGAGACCCGCGUUCCGUCGCCUCGGCCGACAAGAAGCCCGUCCCACAGCCCACCUUCGCCGCGCUGAUUCCUGCAGAAGUUCCUGCGCGCGAACGCGAACGACGUUUGCCAAGGCCUUCCCCGCAGCUGAAGGACACCAUGGUGUGCGCAAGGGGUUCUUCUCUUCUCGCCGACGGAGAGAGCAGCAAGGGAUGGAGCGAGACCAAGUUCAAGGGAAUCGGAUACGUCAACACCAUCAAGCACAAGAGCGGUGUGGAGAAGGUCGUCUCUUGGAACAUCUACGGUGCCACCAAGGAUAUCAAGGCUACGGUCAAUCUCAUGGAGGAGAGCUUGACGCGUCUCAAGUUGGGCGAGGCCACCGAGCCGAUCCCCGACUACGGUCAGGGCGAGGAUCCUUACAUGAGUCUUCAGGUCCAUGACUACAUGAACGUUUUCUUUUCCUUUCUUGCGACUUCCGUCGGAGGAACGUCCCUCCCCGCGCCUCAUGGGCUGGGUCUACAAGCUUGCAUCAAGAGGCUGUUGAGCAACGCUACGGUGUCAAAGUUGGAGAUGUUGAGUUCAAGCAAGGAGCUGGCCUCCUGGUUGGGCGAGGACAUUCCUAAGCAGUACGGUGGAAACGCCGAGCCUUUGGAGUCGGGUAGCAACUCGGUCCACAGCCCCAAGGACGUCGACGGAGAGGCUGCCGAGGAGGCCGCCGUCAAGGAGAAGGAGGCCAAGGAGGCUAAGGCUGUCGAGGAAGCCACCGCUGCCGCCGCCGCCGCGAAUGAGCAGGAGACUAAGCCGGCUGUCGUCGAGGAGGUCAAGGCUACCGAGGAGGCACCCAAGGAGGCACCUAAGGAGGAGGCCGCGCCAAUCGUGAGCGUCACCACCCCCGCUGAGACCACCGUGGAAGAACCGAAGGUCGCCGAGAUUCCCGUCGUGGCUGUCCCUGAGACCGCUACAGUAGCCGAAAUCGAGGCCCCUAAGGCCGAGGAGACGCCGGUUGCCAAGAAGGAGGAGGAGGUCACCCCCUUGCCCCUUACCGAGCCCGUCACCGCCGAAGUCGUCGUCGUCGCCGAGGCCGCCACGCAGCCAAUCACUGAGGUCGAGGUUCGCGAGGAUGCUCCAGCGGCUCCCAAAGACAUCUCCGAGGUCCCCAUUCCUGCGCCCAUCGCUCUCACCGAGGCCCCCAAGGUCGAGGAGAAGAAGGAGUAA